UAGUUUUGAUCUGUACAGCGGUUGCCCGACGGACACAUUUCAUGACUUGAUCGAGACAUUCAGAGUCUGUAAUUCUGUAUGUACAAUAUCGUAUCAUGAAAUAAGUAUGUAUAUAUUGAUGAUGACCAUGAUGACUGGUUACUUCACCUACUGCGAAUGGGUUGCACUAUCCGUGUCCACUUAUGAUGACUUGUUGUUGUUGUCUGUGUACAUCAUACAACAUUAUAAUGCUCUCCUCUCUGUAUGUCAACGCGUUGUUGUGUUUUUGGACUUGAGGUUGAGGUGAUAAGAAGAUGCGAUCAGAUGUUGAUCGUCUGGUUGUUGUGAUGAGUUUUAUGGUCUAUUGGUCCAAUUGAAUGAGAUGGGUUGAGAUUCUUAUAGUGCUGCAUGUAAAAUGUCGCAUUUUUCUACAUCUCCUUAUUUAUUUCGUACAUCCACGCACAACACCUCGCCCACAGCAGCAGCAGGAACAUCAGCAGUACAGGAAUGCAACGUCGUUUCCGUUCCCUUUGGUGCAAGGCCAACAAGUUGCUCACUGCCAACAACAACUUCAGAAUCGUUCUAAAUCCCUGGUUUCAUCCUCCGAUUUUAAGAUUAGUUCGGUGUUUAUCCACAGAUUUUCCAGUUGGAGCCCCGUCCGCUACUCCCGCGGGGGGUGGAGGAGGGGACGAUGGUGAGAGAAGGAGCAAGAAGCUGUUCACGCCUGGCCCCCUCGGCGUCAGCCCAACCGUUCGUGCUGCCCUGACACGAGAUCUGGGGUCCAGGGAUGGGGAAUUCAUUGCCCUUGUGAAAUCCAUAAGGGAACAGUUGGUCGACAUUGCGGAACUCCCGGCAGAAAAGUAUACUGCCGUGUUGAUGCAAGGAAGUGGUACGUUCGCCGUGGAAUCCGUGCUCCAGUCGAUUUCGGACCGCACAAAAAAGGUGUUGAUCUUGGCCAGUGGUGCGUAUGGUCGUCGGAUGGGCGAGAUUUGCCUCAAAGCCGACCUUCCUCACACCGUGGUCGAGUUUGCGGAGAACGAGCCUGUUCAACUCUCUGAGGUGCGUCGCGUGGUUCAGUCCGGCGUGUGGACCUGCGUGUGCGUGGUCCACUGCGAAACCACGUCCGGGGUGGUGAACCAUAUUGAUGAGAUUGGCCACGCGGUCAAAAGUCUGGGUCCAGACACGUUCUACGUGGUGGACGCCAUGAGCUCAUUUGGAGGGGUGGUGGAGAACUACGAGACGGCCGACUUCAUCAUCAGCUCGGCCAACAAGUGUCUCCAAGGGGUGCCCGGCUUCGGCUUUGUGAUUGCAGACAAGAACAAGCUAAAGCAGUGCCAAGGUCGGAGCGCAUCCCUGAGCCUGGACUUGUUUGAACAGUGGCGUGGGUUGGAGUCGUCUGGUCAGUUCCGUUUCACGCCACCCACCCACGUGCUCCUCGCUUUCGCCCAAGCCUUGAGGGAGCUGAAGCAGGAGGGUGGCGUCCCGGCCAGGGCGAAACGGUACGCAGAGAACAAUGCAAUAAUUAAGAGGAGACUCAAGUCGUUGGGGUUCGAGCGAUUCGUUCCAGAAGAUUCGGAUGAUGGUCACAUUAUCACCUCAUUCAAGUAUCCUGCCCAUCCAGCCUUCAGCUUUGACCGCUUCUACCAGGAGCUGAGCAACAAAGGUCAGCUAAUUUAUCCGGGCAAGGUGACCAAUGCAGACUGUUUCCGGAUCGGGAAUAUUGGGCAUCUCUUUCCCACUGACAUGGAACAUUUGGGCGACUGCAUUGUCCAGGUUUUGAUGGACAUGGGAGUUCCAACCCCGGUCUCGUCGUCCCAACUUUGAUCUGAUUUUUCAGCAUUCUUUAUGCAGUUCUGUUGGACUUAUUUCAAAUUAAAGGAUUGCGUAAUAAACACAUGUUUACCAAUGAACGAUCCAAG